AUGUUACCACCUCAGAAUGCCGCCACUCGCCCCAAAUCCUUGGUCAAGUCGGUGACUCCGGACCAAGCCCCGAGGACGGCACCUACAGCACGUCCUCCCAAGCGGGACGGUGGUACCAAUGCAGAGUCUAUCACUCCGUCCUUGACUGACACUCAAGGAUCGGGGAGCCAAUCCGAUGCAUCUACCCCGUCGAUCUUCCCCAUCUUCCGCCACCCUCAACAGUCUCCUCCCUCCGUCCCGGUUAAGGGUAAGAAGGAUAAGAAGACAUCAUUGGCCGGCCGUGGAGCUUCCCGCUCCACUGCAGGGCAAUGA